GCGAGUGGGAAAGCAUCUGUAUUGCGUCUGGACUAAUCUGAUAUCAUCUGGGUAGAAGCUACAUUUCAAGAAUGGCCACAGAUCCGGAAGAUGUGGAUUUGGAGAUGUCAAUUGGGCCUCAGGGAGCUGGUGAUGCAAGUAAUCAGCAGGAGGAGCCUUCAAGCCCAUCAGCUGUGCCUACUGUGUCUGAAAAGGUGCCCACCGACCGCGUGGACGGCAAGAAGGCGCGCGUGCCGCGGCGCGUACUUCACUUCAGCGACGGCACGAUGGAGGAGUACAGCACCGACGAGGAGGACGAGCCGGACAAGCCACCGGACACGCUGACGCAGCUGCGUGCGGCGGACACGAAGUCGAUGGGCUGGAUGCCGUGGGCCUGGUACUGGUUCCGGUUCGCCGGCUACAGCACACUGAGCGGCGUGGACAGCGUGGGCGAGCGGUUGGCGUACAUGCUCGGCAUCACGUCGCCCAAGUACCAGUACGAGCUGGACGAGUACUACGAGAUGAAGAGGAAGGAGGAAGAGGAGCAGCACCAGCGCGACCUCGAGUCCGCCGGCUGGACACCCGGCUCGGCGCGGACCAACUCGGUGUCCAAUCAGGCGGCGUACGUGGUCCCCGCCGGCCAGUCAGAGCCGCCCACAUCGCCGCCGGGCCAAUCGGGCGCCGCCGCGGCGCUGGCAUCCGACCAGCCGCCGGCGGACGCGGGCGUGGUUUCGGGACAGCCUGUGGCUUCCGAGACGCGGCCCUGAGCCGCCGUCGCUGCUGACACCGAGUUGCUGCCUUGUGAAGAGCACCUGUUGCGGGGUGACGCGCUUCUAGUCACCGAUUUGCUUUCUGACAAGUCGCUGGCCUCGCGCGUGAUGAGAGGUUUUCACGUCGACUGCCUUAUGCCGUUGCAGUCACUGUGUGCGUUUGCAGUUUCUGAUUCUCGUCAUACGCACAUGGCAGGGCGACAAAGGGCCCUACUGUGGCGGAGUCCCUCGGCUUGGUAGAAGGUACUGCGAUUAGUGAAACUAGGGUAAACCAAAGGCUGGCGAGGUUCGAACUGGGAGGAGAACUGGAUGCCGUUGCUGGACUAUGGCGACAUCAAUGUAUCAAGGCUAGUCCCCAAGUUGUUUGUGGCGGGCUAUGAUUACGCUGUUUGCCGCUCUUGUGGUGUAAACAGGCACUGAACAGCUUCGUGUCUGUUGCAUGCUCUGCACAGAGUAGAAUACAAGCUUGGGGUUUGGCCUGGCGGACUAGGAAUAAGAGAAAAUGGGUGUCAUUUAGAAAUUUAACGUGAAAUUAUGUCGAAAAGUACGCAUGUGAAGUACCUGGAAACCGUAUGACUGCACGGCUUACAUUUGGAGUUAAGGAUUGUCUGAAAGUAGUCUCAUUAGCGAGGAACCAACGUACUUAAGCCCAAAGUCUCUUAAGAGAGGAAUGAAAUAGUUCUUUAGCAUAUCCCCCCCCCCCC